AUGUCAGGCGCUGGAGGAAAUUGGCGCAAAGACACCACCCGGGCGCGCACGGGCGCGCACAGGCGCACCCCGGGGAACGCGCACCCCGAUUCCCCGGCGGAGCUGAGUGGGAAGUACGGACCCGUGUUCACCGUGCACCUGGGACCCUGGCGGCGCGUGGUGGUGCUGGUCGGGCGCGAGGCGGUGCAGGAAGCCCUGGGCGGCCAGGCAGAGGAGUUCGGCGGGCGGGGGACGCUGGCAACUCUGGACCCGACCUUUGACGGCCAUGGGGUCUUCUUCUCCAACGGGGAGCGGUGGAGGCAGCUGAGGAAAUUUACCACGCUCGCCCUGCGGGACCUGGGCAUGGGGCGGCGGGAAGGCGAGGAGCUGAUCAGCGCCGAGGCCCGGUGCCUGGUGGAGGCCUUCCAGGGGACAGAAGGACAGCCAUUUGACCCCUCCCUGCUGCUGGCCCAGGCCACCUCCAAUGUCAUCUGCUCCCUCACCUUGGGCCUCCGUUUCCCCUACGAGGAUGAGGAGUUCCAGGCUGUGGUCCGGGCUGCUGGCGGCAUCCUGCUGGGGAUCAGUUCCCCGUGGGGCCAGGCCUACGAGAUGUUCUCCUGGCUCCUGAAGCCCCUUCCGGGACCCCGCACCCAGCUCCUCGGCGACUUGGGCGCCCUGGCCACCUUUGCCAUUGAGCAGGUGCAGCGGCACCAGGGGAGUGUGGACACCUCAGGCCCUGCACGUGAUGUUGUGGAUGCCUUCCUGCUGAAGAUGGCAAAGGACAAGCACGAUCCAAACACAGAAUUCACUGACAAGAACUUGCUGAUGACUGUCAUUUAUCUGCUGUUCGCCGGGACGGCUACGGUCAGCGCCAUGAUCCGCUACACCCUCCUGCUCCUGCUGAAAUACCCUCAGGUCCUAGAGCGCGUGCAGGAGGAGUUGACAAGGGAGCUGGGGGCUGGCCGGGCGCCAGGCCUGGGGGACCGAGCUCGCCUCCCGUACACGGACGCGGUUCUGCACGAGGCGCAGCGGCUGCUGGCACUGGUGCCCAUGGGGAUACCCCGCGCCCUCACGAGGACCACCUGCUUCCGAGGGUACACCCUGCCCCAGGGUACUGAGGUCUUCCCCCUCCUGGGCUCUGUCCUGCACGACCCCGAGGUCUUCGAGCAGCCAGAGGAGUUCAACCCAGGCCGAUUCCUGGAUGCAGAUGGAAGGUUCAAGAAGCAGGAGGCAUUCCUGCCUUUCUCCUUAGGUAAGCGUGUCUGCCUCGGGGAGGGCCUGGUGCGAGCGGAGCUCUUCCUCCUUGUCACCGCCAUCCUGCAGGCCUUCUCCCUGGAGAGCCCGUGCCCGCCGGCUGCCCUGAACCUCCAGCCAGCUGUCAGUGGCCUUUUCAAUAUCCCCCCAAACUUCCAGCUGCAAGUUCGGCCCCGCUGACCUCCACCCCACCCCAUCACGUGGACCAAAUAAAGGAGGGGGCUUUGGGAGGUGGUGUCCUCAACCUUGGGCAUGGACAUGGCUGUGUCCAAAG